CUUCAGUAUUUUUUGUAUUUCGAGCCCGAUUUAGUCAUUUUGUAACAAAGUUGGUUUUCAAGAACUAGUGUAUUUUACGAGUAUUUUCGGGUAUAAAAAUGAUAUGAUAUAAUGUAUAUACAUUUUUCUUUAAUAUUUUCUCUCCCUCAGUCUAUCUUUAAAUAUAAUAUAAAUAACACACGCAAGAGAAGAGAGUGCGACAAAGAUAGAUAAUGCCUACAACUGUCAAAGUUCGGAAAACAGUACGGAGUAGGCCUAGGACAGUUUAUCCCUCAUUACCCACCCAGUGAGUUGAAUUAGACGAAACCUACAUCCAGAUACAUGUUGACGAUGCAGUGAAUGGGUGGAAGACUUACGUUGAUGAACACAAUGUCACAGACUCAGAGAAAACAGCCUGUCUACGUUGAUGGAUUUGUCAAACCAGGAUUUGAGAAAGUUCUUGAUGUAUUCAGGUACAAUUUAGAGAAUGACAUUGAGAGAGGGGGAACAUUUGCUGCCUACUACAGGGGAGAACUUGUGGUGAAUAUCUGGGGAGGGUAUGCUGAUCGAAAGUCCAGGGUAAAAUGGAGGAAAGACAUGCUGCCAUGUUUUUAUUCCACAACAAAAUCUCCAUCUGCAUCCGUUAUAGCUCACCUGGUGGACAGAGGUUACCUGGAUUAUUCUGAAAAAGUUUGUAAAUACUGGCCAGAGUUUGCAGCUAAUGGGAAGGAGGAUAUCACCCUGGAAACUUUAGUCACCAACCGGGCUGGUUUGUCGUGUACAGAGGAAAAGUUCCCCAUGGCUCUGUCGAAGGAUGACCCUGAUAAACUGGGAAGAAUUUUAGCCAAUCAAAAACCGCUGUGGACCCCUGGAUGUAACCAUGGCUACCAUCCUGUGACCUUUGCCCUGUAUCUGGAUCAGGUCGUCAGGAGAGUUGACCCACAGAGGAGGAGCCUUUCACAGUAUUUUGAUGAGGAAAUGGCAAAACCAUUUGACAUUGACUUUCAAAUUGGUCUUCCCUAUGAGAAGCAGUACCGAGCACCCCGCAUCGUCAUGAUGAAAUCUUUUGAUCAAAACGAGUACAUCAGGAAUUUCAAAGGGGACCUCAACAUUUUGCAGCUGUCGGGAGGAAACAUCACUGACUUUCUGGGAGUUCGGAGGAUGAAUGACCCAGAGGUCAGGGUACUUCCUGUGGGAUCCGUGUGUGGUCAUGGCACAGCAGAAUCCAUGGCCAAGUUCCAUGCCAUUCUAGGAGAGGGUGGGGUGUGGCAGGGAAAGCGGCUACUCUCUACAGAAUCAAUCGAGAGAUUCCAACAGCUUAAGAGUGCUGGGUUUGAUCUGACCUUCAGUAUGGACGGGAUGUGGAGCUAUGGUAUGAUGCUCUUCCCAGUCAUGGAACAGGGAAAACCGACUAUGUUUAUGUUUGGCCAUGGUGGGUAUGGAGGACAGAUGGGGCUGGCAGACACCACAUACAGGGUGGGGUUAGCCUACGCCACCAGCCAUCUGGACCCCAGUUCUCGGGCGGGGGCGGAUGCAGAUAAGCGCUGGCCCUCCAUGUACAACGCACUAUACAAAUGUAUAUAUCAGAUGGAAAAUAUUUCAGUACCUAGAAAGACUUUAUAUCUUUACGAGGACUACAAAAAAGCUAAGGGUACCAGUAAAAUAUAACUAGUGAAUUAGUGUCAUUGCCCGAGUUCUAAGCUAGCAGUAUUUUCGUACCAGUGACUGUACAGUACUAUUUGAUUGCUUGAUUUUACACUUGUUGAAUGUUAUAUAUAAUGAAUAUAAUGGAAAUUAUUUUACACUUGUUGAUUUUUACAUAAAUGUACAAAAUGAACAGGGCAUGUUAAUAAAAAUAUAUGUUUUAAAA